AUGAGUUCUAAAUCUGUGAAACGCAUCUCAGAAUGUUUCAUCAAAUCACUGCACGACCUCUCACCUGAGGCAAAGCAGCCUUUUCAUUUCACACCCUUCGAGCUGCCAUGCCUCAACAUCAGCUACAGCCAAAAGGGUCUCCUCUUUGCAAAGCCACCACCGUCGGAAAGUCAAGAUUUCUCCAUUACCGCUUACCUGGAUGACCUCCGGCGAUCCCUCUCCGCCACCCUCGAUCAUUUCUACCCCCUCGCCGGCCGUUUGGUCACUAAAAAGGAAGAAAAUCCAGCUUCCUAUGUUAUCUACUUAGACCCUGAAAACAGCCCCGGCGUCAAGUUUAUUUACGCGACGGUGGACACCACCAUAUCGGACAUCCUUCAGCCUGCCGACGUACCUGUGGUUGUUCGUUCAUUUUUUGAUCUCAAUAACGCCAUUAGCCACGAUGGUCACACACUGCCAUUGUUAUCCAUUCAAGUUACAGAGCUUGUCGAUGGGAUCUUUAUCGGUGGAUCUAUCAACCAUAUGGUGGCCGAUGGAACCUCUUUCUGGCAUUUCAUGGGUGCUUGGAGUGAAAUAUUCAAAUCCAAAGAACAAUCUCAUUGCUCAAUCUCUCGACCUCCGGUACUCAAACGAUGGUUCCUCGAUGGAUCUGACCCGAUCAUCAAGCUCCCGUAUACACACCACGAUCAAUUCAUCGAUCGAUUGGAAGUUCCAACCUUUACGGAGAGAUUCUUCCACUUCUCAUCAGCCUCCGUCUCCAAACUCAAAGCUAAAGCAAACUCCGAAUGCAAUACUACUAAAAUCUCAAGUUUACAGGCAGUGAUCGCGCUUUUGUGGAGGAGCGUUACCCGGAUCCGGCGUCUACCAGAGGACGAUGAAACCAAUUGUAGAUUGAUGAUAUCUAACCGCCGGCGGCUGAACCCACCUCUGUCUGAUGAUUAUUUUGGCAACCCAAUUUCUGUACUGAAAGGAAAAGCAACCGUCGGGGAAUUGACGGCGAAUGGGCUUGGGUGGGCGGCUUUCCGGCUACACGAAGCGGUGAUAAAUUACAACGAUAGAGCAGUUGAGGAAAGCGUUGAGUCAUGGAUUAAACGGCCAUUCAUUAUAAAACUAAGUGAGAUGAGCGAUCGAAACUUCAUUCACGUUGGGAGCUCACCGAGGUUUGACAUGUAUGGGUGCGAAUUCGGGCUAGGGAAAGCGGUGGCGGCUAGAAGUGGGUGGAUGAACAAGGGCGACGGGAAGAUAACGAUGUAUCCCGGUCGGGAGGGUGCCGGGAGCAUGGAUGUGGAAGUUUGUUUUGCUUCAUCACAACAUAAGAUGGAUCUUGAAUGCGAUGAGGAAUUCAUAGAUGCUCUUAGGAUCGAAUGA